CGGCGGGGCCCCGGGCGGCUAGGCCAAGGCGCACCUCCAGGGCCGCAGGUUCCGGUACCUGAUGAAGCGCUCGGUGACCAUCGUGGGCAGCUCGCCCCAGGGCGCGGUGGACGUGAGCAUGGGCCCCUCGACUUCAUCCCGCUGCGCCUCCCGGAGAUCUUCACGCCCCCGGGAGGCAGCAGCCAGGGCGCGGCGGCCCCAGAGCCCGCGGGCACAGCCCGCCCGCCGCAGCGACUUCUCCCUGCUCUGCCUCCGCAGGAACGGCGUGUUCGCGGACAGCGUGUUUCAGAGGUGCCCGGGGCCGCCGCUGCAGCUGCCGCAGGUGUGUGUGGGGCUGGCGGCGGAUGGGGGCUGCAGCCUGGCCGGCGGGCCUGGAAGCAGGACCUCCACCCCGACCUGGACUCUGACCCAGACCCCACGACCCUCGACUGCACCUAGACCCUGCCCCCAGUGCGCGACCUGGCCAGAGACCCGCCCGGUCCCCGAUCCCCACCCAGGACCAGGAGAACCCAGAUCCAAGGCAGGCCCUGACCACCACCCAGACCCGCUGCCCCCGACCUACGUCUUACGGCCAGGACGCAGCCCCAGGUCCUCCCCACAUGUGGGACAUAGGACCCAGACUCGGAACUGCAGCCUGACCCUAAACCCAGGCCUUGUUCAUCCAAGAUCUACAUCAUGA